AUGGAGGUUGGCAAGCUAUUCAUCGGCGGUAUUUCUUGGGGCACAAAUGUGGACCGUCUUAGACAGUAUUUUGAAACUUUUGGGGAAGUUGUGGAAGCUGUUAUAAUGAAGGAUCGGACCACAGGUCGUGCCCGUGGGUUUGGGUUUGUUGUUUAUGCAGACCCGGCUAUUGCAGAAAAGGUUGUUUUGAAGCAGCAUAUGAUAGAUGGUAGAACUCAUGUUGCUAUUGAUAAAAUUCAGGGGAAGUUAUCAGCUUUAGGUGGAUCCUUUAUUUAUGAUUCAAAAAGAUUGUGCACUUCUGAUGCUAUUAUUUAUGUUGUGAGGUUGAAAUUGUGUUUAACUCCAUUUUCUGUCUGGUUUUCUCUUCAGGUUGAGGCAAAGAAGGCAUUUCCUAGGGAGGACCAGAACAUUCUCAACAAAAACAAUAAUAGUGCUCUUGGAUCAUCCGGUCCUUCUCGUACAAAGAAGAUAUUUGUAGGGGGCUUAGCAUCCACGGUCACUGAGAGUGACUUUAAGAGGUACUUUGAUCAGUUUGGUACAAUAACUGAUGUUGUUGUGAAGUACGAUCACAAGAAUCAGAGGCCACGGGGUUUUGGAUUCAUAACUUAUGAUUCAGAAGAAGCUGUGGAUAAAGUCUUGCAAAGAACAUUUCACGAACUCAACGGGAAAAUGGUCGAGGUCAAGUGUGCUGUUCCCAAAGAAUCAUCUUUAGGUCCGAGUCGGAACCAGUUAGGUGGAUAUAACUUUGGUCUCGAUAGAGCCAACAGCUUCCUUAGUGGUCACAUGCAGGGUUAUAAUACUAAUUCAGUUGGGGGUUAUGGUGUUAGAAUGGAAGGUAGAUCUAGUCCAGGUACUAUUGGUCAGAGUGGAUUUUCUCCAUCAAGCCCCAGUUAUGGGUUUGGACUGAAUUUUGAGUUAAAUUUGAGUCCAAGCUCUGGAUGGAACUCAAACCUUAGAUCUAAGCUGUGCUAUGAACGGGGAUUGGACACUUCGUUUAGUGGAAAUUCAGACCGGUUUGCCAGGCCUUUUGGGUAUGGUGUGAGCAGUGGAAUGAAUAGUUCUGUGUUAAACUCAGCAGGUCAAAAUAUUUGGGGAAAUGGAAGUCUUAGCUAUGCUACCAACUCCACAAACUCUAGUCCUAUUGUUGGAUCUCGAAGUGGGAAAACAGAUGCAAGUUCCUUUGGCAGCAUUGGAUCACUUUGGGAUCCCUCUCCCAAGUCAGGUCCAGGUGGAGGUGCUGCUUCUGCUUACAACAAUCUUAGGUACGGAAGUGGAGGUUUUGGUGUUUCGUCCAGAGUGAUAGGCCACGGGAGAACCAGUGAUGCCCGUGCAUCAUCCCAUAGUGCUUCAAAUGAUGGUUAUUCCGAUAUUUUUGAAGAUGGUUCAUUUUGUGGGGAAUCUACAUGGCAAUCUUUGCCCUUAGACCUAGAGCUGUCUGGCUCUUUCGAUUUCGGUCUGGGAAAUACAACUUCUGAUGUUAUAGCUAAUAACUCUGCCGGUUACAUUAGUGGUUAUGGUGUUGCGAAUAGGUAGUCAAAUGGGGGAAUUGCCACAUAGGCCGAUGAUUAUACGAUAAGGUAGGAUAUUUGGUGUGUGAAUGACUGGAUUUCUACGUUUAACAUUUCGGUUAUAUACGAAAAUACGAGUAGAGCUAACCCUGUUUACCUAUCUUGAUGGACCUGUUAUAGAGACGAGUUACAUAGAAGUCAUACUUGUGCCUGAGGU